UAGUAUUGUUGCCCGAUGUCCCAUAUUUUACAGGCCUUGGGGCUAUUUGCUUUUAGCAUGAUACUGUUUUAUGUUUCAUCCAGUGAGAAAUAAGCAACAAUAACUACAUAGAUAAUAUGGCUUAAUAUAUAAUAGGCGGAUAUGUGGGGAGUACAAAGUGAAUAUGCACAUUCAGGAUUGCCACUCCUUAGUUUUUGAAGAUAUAGGAAAACAAACUAGAUUGUCCAGAAAGAAUAAUACAUAACUGAGAUGUUAUUGCCUCCCAUGAUAAAGUAAACCAUUUACUUACUAUGAAAACUAAUAGUAGAUGAAAGCAUGCAAACACCUAAUGCACCAGAAUUAAGGCUUUGUCUCUGAUCUUAAAAACUAUUAAGUCACUGUGGAAACCCAAUUUUGCUCAGUAGGUAUCAUCAUCAUCCAGUUGAAACAAAAUAAAAAAAUUCCUUCCAGUAGCACCUUAGAGUCCAACUAAGUUUGUCAUUGGUAUGAGCUUUCAUGUGCAUGCACACUUCUUCAGAUACACUGAAACAAGUCACCAGACCCUUAUAUAUAGUGAGAGGAUGGGGAGGGUAUUACUCAGAAGGGUGGUGGGAAUGGGUGAUUGGCUGCUGGAGUGGUAAACCUGUGGAUGAAAAUCAAAUGUUGGCCCUUUUCACGAUAAGUUCCUUCUCUGUAGGGAGGAAGGGGGUCCUGUGUGAAUUGUCACCACCUACAUAACCAAAACAGCAUCUUAAAAAGCAGAGACAUCACCUUGCCGACAAAGGUCCGUACAGUUAAAGCUAUGGUUUUCCCAGUAGUGAUGUAUGGAAGUGAGAGCUGGACCAUAAAGAAGGCUGAUCGCCGAAGAAUUGAUUCUUUUGAAUUAUGGUGCUGGAGGAGACUCUUGAGAGUCCCAUGGACUGCUAGAAGAUCAAAACUAUCCAUUCUGAAGGAAAUCAGCCCUGAGUGCUCACUGGAAGGACAGAUCCUGAAGCUGAGGCUCCAAUACUUUGGCCACCUCCUGAGAAGAGAAGACUCCCUGGAAAAGACCCUGAUGUUGGGAAAGAUGGAGGGCACUAGGAGAAGGGGACGACAGAGGACGAGAUGGUUGGACAGUGUUCUCGAAGCUGCGAACAUGAGUUUGACCAAACUGCGGGAGGCAGUGGAAGACAGGAGUGCCUGGCGUGCUCUGGUCCAUGGGGUCACGAAGAGUCGGACACGACUAAACGACUAAACAACAGCACAUAACCAAAAAAUAAACAGAACAGGAAGGAAGAAAAACACAACUUGCUAGGAGAAAAGAACUCAGUUUUUAAAGCUCUUGGCUGGGUGCUCAUUCCUAUGCCACUGGACCCCUGAACGCCACGGGGUUCAAGAAAAGCAUCUUGCUGUGAUAAACAACCUGCUCUGAGUGCUCUUUUUCUGCACUCUUAACUUUCUGUAGACUCUGCCCACAAAGUCUUGCUUUCUAUUCUUUGUGGUCCCUCUCUGGAUUUACCCCAAUGCCAAGCAUUCUCUUGCACCCUUGUGUGUUUUGGACAGAGUAUAAGGAGGGGAAGGUAUAACUCUCUCCCCCCCCCCAUGUCAGCUUUUCAAUUCCUAAAGCAAAUUGCCUUGCAGAGUCCCUCCCUGGCGUUAUCCUGCUCUCCUUCCCUUCUCUGGAACAGCCGUAAUAGUUAACCAUUAAGUUGCCAUUUUGUUUUACUUUUUCAAUAACCCAAUUUCUGGAAAACUGAUCUUGUCUCUGUUGCCCCUUGAGUACCUUAUUAGGGCACUCCACUACCUUAAAUGAUCUAAUGUGACACUGUGCUCCUAUGUAUUUCAGUAAAUAUGCCAAUUUCUGGCACAGUUCAACUAGGUAGACAACAUCCUGUCCUCUAACAGAAUAGAGCCGGGCUCACAGUAGGAAACAGUUCUAGUACAUUUGAGCCAAAUUUCCUCCAAUCAUUCCCUGAAUGAAUGCGGGGAAGUAUUUGUCCUGACUCUGAGCAAGUUGGGACUUUUAGGUAACAGUGCUUAGGAUUUCUGAAUUGUUUGGAUCCAAAAUGUUUGGAUUCAUCUUAUUGUGUUCCCCAUCUUAUCGUGUCUUUCAAGUGGUAGUUUUCUCCUAGUUCAUAAAUUUGUUCCCUACGUCUGUUUCAAAUGGGACUGCUAUCCUGCACAUGCAAUUCUAGAACUGUAUACUGUAUGUGAUCUCAUAAAGGGAGUGAGACCACAUAGAACAUUUCAUUCUUUUUCAACUAGACUUUCUUGUUCAAAUCUCCAGUGCUCCUUAAGGGGCAGGGGGAUAAACAGCACCUACAUAAGCAAAAUUCAGAUGGCUGAAAAGAUUGCUGUAGAGUUGCCUGAAGAACAUCAGCUUAUUGACAAGCUAUCUUACGAGGUUUUUAAGUCCAAAUCUGACGUUGAUGUGAAACACUAUGUGUGGGGAUUCAGGAGAAAGGACACUGAGCUAUAUGAGUUCAUUGAAACAUUAUUCUACCAUCCUCUGUUCAAAUCAGUUAUGAUCAGCACCAUCACAAUCAAUGCAAUAUUUUUGGCUAUAGAAACAGAUUACAAAGUUCGCUAUGAGUCACAUUUUUUCCUGGAGGUAGCAGAUCUGAUUAUUGUGGCCAUGUAUACAGCAGAGUUCCUGAUGAACCUUUACCUGGAUCCCAUUAAUUACUGGAAGGAUGGUUAUAAGCGAUUUGAUGCGAGUGUCCUUUUCAUUGCUUACCUCCCAUACACCAUUAAUAGAAGCAACCCACAAAUGCACCAUACUGCAAUGAUGCUCAAAGGAUUCCAGGCACUCCGGGUUCUCAAACUCAUCUUCUACAGCCCAGGGAUGAUGGUCCUGGUAGCAGCCCUGGCCGAAACUGCAAAAAAUGUGAUUUACGUUCUCGUGCUGUUGUUCCUGCUCAUGUUUAUCUUUGCAAUUCUGGGUCAUGGUUUGUAUGGAGACCCCGACCACGGAGACACACGUAACUGGGGCACCCUAGCAGCUGCCUUUUUCACUCUUUUCAGUUUAGUGACGGUGGAUGGCUGGACAGACCUGCAGGAUGAACUGGAUGCCAAAAAAUUUGUUUCAAGCCGGACAUUCACAAUAGUGUUCAUUCUCCUUGGAUUUUUUGUGUUUUUCAAUAUGUUUAUUGCAGUUGUUAUCAUGGAUAUUCAGGGGUCAACUGACGAAUAUGAGCAAAAGCUUAAAGCAGAGAGACAUGCUGCUCUGAUAGCAAAAAAGAAGGCCAUUCUGAAAAGACAACUGGGCGAAAUAAAGGAAGUACUGCAUCAGCAGAAAUCAUCAGAAUAUAGAACCUUUGAUGAAAUGGUGGAAAGUUUUAAGAAAACCCUGCUUCACACAGAUCCCAUGAUCUUAGAAGAUUUUUGUUGCAGCCUGCCAUUCAUCGAUCUAUAUUUGUCAUCUUUGGAUCGUCAGGAUGCCACAAUUUAUAAGCUGCAAAAAUUGUAUUAUGAAAUUGUUGCCGUUUUGACUAAUAUGCUGCAAGAAUCAGAGGAUAAGCCUUUGCAGUGGCUGCAGAAUCGUAGGUGAAGACCUGAGUUUCCUGCUACCUAAUGGAAAAGUUUUUUUUUCCCUUUUUGAAAAAAUCUCAUGCAUGUUCCUUAGCAAUUAGCAAAAUGAAUGGAAGAACUUCCAUGAACUUCCAGCAGACCUAGAAUUUUACUUUGUUCGUAUUCACAUCAUAGGAAAUAUAAACAUAAUUUGGCUGCUUUGCUAAUGCAUCCUUGUGUUUGCGGCUGUAUCUCUUUCCAUCUUUAUAGGCUUAGGUCAAACUGUUAGAUCAUAUUGUGUGAUUUUUCCUGAGGCCAUGUGGUAGCUUUUAACUGGUAAACCCAGAUGGGUUGCAAACUAAUGGAGUCAUUCUGUGUGUGCAGGAGAGUUUUUUGGUCGCUGUGGGGAAGGGGAAGGAUCCCAUGAUUGUGUGCAAAAAAAAUUUCUCACAGCACAGGGCCUGGGCCAUGACGACCACCUAGAGCAGCCUUCCCCAACAUCUAGUGGCUUCCAGAUGUUUUGGACUACAAGUCCCAU